AUGGGUAGUAGAUUAUCUGCUGUAAUAGAUGCAAUAUAUAAUUCAAAACGACGAGAAUUUCUUGGUAGAGAUGGAGCUCGAUGGGGAAAAUUAGGAAUUUUUUAUUUUUUUUUCUAUCUUGGUUUGGGUGGAUUUUUCUGUACAAUGUUAGCUGUAUUUAUGGUAUUAUCACCACGAGAUCGUCCACGUUAUCAUGCAGAAUCAUCAUGUAUGCGUACGCGUACAAUUCCUCUUUCACCUGGUUUGUAUUAUUAA